AAUAAAGCCUCGUGAUGUAACGGCACUUUUUUGUUUGGGCUGAGUGCUUUUCAACUGCCUUGCUGUACGGGCAGUCGGGCACAGAAAAAUGUGUCUAACUUGGCCGUUGAGUCGCAGGGGGUAGUGAAAUGUGUGUUUCUGAUGCAAGGGUCGUGUCAUCUGUCUUAAAUUUACCUGAACUCCUUUUUAGACGAUCGCACGCGACUUCAUCAUGAAUAUGCACUUUGAGGGAUCCAGCAAUGUCACGCUGUUGUUUGACUUCUGGGAUGUGCGUGGACCUGCAGGAAUGGUGUUGUCGGUCUUUGUCGUUCUACUGCUCACAGUGAUCUACGAGCUUCUGAAAGUGUGGAAGGUCACUAUCGGACAACAGAAGCGACCCUCCAUGAAGCAUUCAUCCGCUCCGGUGUCUCUCUCACCUGGAGCGUCCUGUUUCGCCCCUGUCAUGAAGUGUCAAGGGGGAAGCUCUUCUCUGAACAACAGCCCCUCUGAGAUCUCAUUAGCUCCCACCGAGAAUACGGCCCCCACUGCUGACAGCACCACCGCUGUUAAGAAGAGCUGGCUUCUGCACUGCCUCCAGACCGCCAUACACAUCCUGCAGGUGACGCUGGGCUACAUGCUCAUGCUCUGUGUCAUGUCCUACAACGUGUGGAUCUUCCUGGGGGUCAUCAUUGGAUCUGUCUUGGGAUACUUUCUGGCUUUUCCUCUACUGAAUCAGAUUUGAGAAGACACGAGAGAACAGAAACAUGUGGUCGGCAUUUCGAAAUGUUCAUCUGAGUUGACUGCGGACUCUAGAUCAAGAGCAAGAUGCAAGGUUUGUGUGGCCACAACCAAUAAGACAAGAAGAGAUGUUGCGAUAUGAAGACUGAACAGGGAUGAUUCUCAUUUUGAACCGUUUUUAAGGUUGUAUUUUGCAUGAAAUCUUAUUUAACUGAAAUUUGCCGGUAACCUUUGUAAAAAAGGUUAAAAACCGACUUUCAAAAGUUUUUAGAGAUUAGAUUUUAAAGCUCAUUGGAAACACAAUACGUUUGAGGUUGUAUGAUGUUGUGUCCUCUUGUUCAAACAGUCAGCACUGUACUAAAUUGGAGAUGUGCCUCAUUGAGCGGUUUUAUACUUUCUAAAACUACUGAUGUAAUUAAUAAGCUAAUUUUCUGUUACACAGAUGAAUGUUUAAUUGUCUUCUCUGAGAUUUGCUUUACUGUAGCUGGUGGUUUUCUGUUAUUUCGGGAAAUCACACUAGUUUUAAACCUCAUAAUAAACUUCCUACUUGAGCCUAGAUCAGGCAUUUUGGUGUCAUGCUGGGAAUUACUGCUGAAUAGCAGAACAAACAGGUUAAAAAGAGAAUUGCAAAUCAUGUGGCCUUAGUUAAUGUUCGCCAGCAAGACAGACAAAUGGAAACUGACUGAGAGCAGAAAUUAGAAACUAGGAAUCUCACGGCAAUGAUUUAAAUGCACUGUUAGUAAUGUUCCUCCAGACAAUCUUUUUGUUUUACUCCAUUGCUUAAAAUGAAAUUUGUUUUAUUGCAUAAUAUCUUAAAGGUUUUGAUUACAAGUCUGCACCCUUUUCUACAGCCUUUGAAUUUUAAUAAAAAAAAAAUACUAAGUUGCACCACAUAAA